AUUUUCCCUUCCCUUUAUGUAGUUGAGUAUUCUUGGCUUGCUGAGAAUGAAUCCCAGUGAGGGGGGUCUCACUGUUCCAGGAGCUGGUUGAUUCUCAACUAGAUGGUGUAGGGGAGGGUAUAGGUAAUGUGUAUGCAGAUCACCUGGGGAGCUUUUUCCAAGUACGCGUCCUGAUUGCUUAUCCUGUAUGAAGUUCUUAAUCCCUUCGCUCUCUCAUACACCAAACUUUCUCUUCCAUGUCUUCCUUAUCUCAGUAAGGGGCACAACCAUUAUCCAGUUGCUUAAGGCAAACAAAGUAACAGUCAUCCUUUACCCUCAUGUUGCCAUCAUACCCCACUGUUAAUUCAUUAGCGUGUUUUCUUGGCUCCACUUCGACAUAUCCUGACUCCAGCCAUGUCUCAGCUUUUCUGAUUGUUAGCAUCCUGGUGUAAGCUAAUGUCAACUUGAACCAGGCCUACAUUAGUAGCUUUCUAACAGGUGCCCCUGCAUCUCCUCCUGCCCUCCCCAGCCUGUUUGCUACACAGAAGCUAGAUUGAUCUUUUAAAAACCUAAUCAAAUCAUGACAUUUUCUUGCUCCAAAAGCCUGUGGUCACUUACAUUCAGGGGAAAAAAAAAAAAAGGUUUCAUCUUACCAGUACUCCAGGACACUGCACAGUCUGGUUCCUAUUCACCUGCCAGCCCUCAUCUGCUCCUCAAGCCCUUGCCCAGUCCUCACCAUCCACUUAGCUGGUCUCCUUGCUGUUACUUGAAUUUGUCGAGUUCAUUUUUACUCUCCUGUUUUCUUUUAUUUGACACACUGGGGUCCUUGAGUACUUCAUUUUCAUUUCAAACAGAGUACUUCUGUGUUUUGCUAAACUCAGAACAAUUUAUAUUAUGCCAGGGGGGAAAAAACACAUAUUUAUCCUUUUAGUAACUUUACUUAUGAAAACUGAAGUUAAUCAUCUGGGGAACCAGUUCUAGGGGCCGGUAGACACUUGGUUCUAAUUUACAAAGAGAAGGCCACUUUGGUUACCGUAUACACUUUUAAGAAGGUGUGCUAUCUUUCCAGAAAAAAUUUGGAUCUUCUAUAUUUUAGAAAUGAGCUAAGGAUGUUCAUAGGCAGAAAGAAAUGUCCUCUGGCUCUCUUCCACCCACAGCUGUACCUGCUCAACAGAUUUUAGUCUUUCCUGAGCAGACAAACACUAAAGACUAGACAGUUGUACCUGAGCUCCGCUUGCCUCAGUCCCAGGUGAGCUGUGCUUUCCAGCAGUGUAGGCCUACCCGAGCAUGACCUUAUCUGCCUUUCCCUGCUGCCCAAGACCCACAGUUCCCAGCAUGUGCCCUGAGGCAUGUUAGCCAUAGAGGCUCUACCCUGGACAAUUAGGCUUGGCCCAGAGGGAACUGGGUUCUUCCCGGGCUGUUUGCUGAUCCCUUGGCUCGUUUUUUUCUGCCUUCUCCUCUUUGUUUUUUAAAAUCAUGUUAAUUCCUUUAGUGGCUGGCUUACCAUGCAGUUCAUAGCCAGUUAGGCUGCUUCUGCAGUGACAAGUUCAGAACUGAAGACCAUUCUGUUCUUUAGAGUUUCUUGACUUUUGAAGAAGUGGCCAUACAUUUUUCCCAGGAAGAAUAGGAGUUACUGGAUUACACUUAGAAGGCCCUCUACAAUGAUGUAAUGCAGGAAAACUAUGAGACUGUCAUCUCUCUAGCAUUAUUUGUGCUCCCCAAACCUAAAGUGAUCUCCUGUCUAGAGCAAGGGGAAGAGCCAUGGGUUCAAGUAUCCCCGGAGUUUAAGGAUAGUGCCAGAGGAUCUUCCACAGGGUUAAAGCUCAAAAAUGACACUGAAAAUCAUCAGCCUAUAUCUCUUUCUGACUUAGAAAUACAAGCACCAGCAGACAUCAUAUCAAAAAAGGCCAAAGUGAAAGUUCCCCAGAAAAUAGCAGGCAAAGAAAAUCAUGUUGAUAUGCACAGAGUAGGGAAAUGGCACCAAGAUUUUCCAGUGAAGAAAAGAAAAAAACUUUCAACCUGGAAACAAGAGCUACUGAAACUUAUGGAUCUUCACAAGAAAGAUCGUGCGAGAGAGAAGCCUUUUAAAUGUCAGGAAUGUGGGAAGACCUUCAGAGUUAGCUCUGACCUUAUUAAGCACCAAAGAAUUCACACUGAAGAGAAACCCUAUAAAUGUCAACAGUGUGAUAAAAGGUUUAGAUGGAGUUCAGAUCUUAAUAAGCACUUAACAACACACCAAGGAAUCAAGCCAUAUAAAUGUUCAUGGUGUGGGAAAAGCUUUAGUCAAAAUACAAAUCUACAUACACACCAAAGAACUCAUACUGGAGAAAAGCCCUUCACAUGUCAUGAAUGUGGAAAAAAAUUCAGUCAGAACUCGCACCUUAUUAAACACCGGAGAACCCACACAGGUGAGCAGCCAUAUACUUGUAACAUAUGCAGGAGAAACUUCAGCAGGCGGUCAAGCCUUCUUAGACACCAGAAACUCCACCUGUGAAGAGAAGUUUGUCCAGUGCCCUCAUUCUGAAGAUAUUCACCAAAUGCAGCUUAACGCUAAAAUUUAUGGAAAACAAAAUAACAAACUUUGAUAAAUUUUACAUCAGAAAAUGGGGGGGAUAAACAUGUUUCACAGAAAAGAAUGAAGAUUUCCUCUGCAGCCAAUCAGUAGUCUUCUGUGGUCACAGAUGUAAACAUUGUUGGUUUUACAUUGAUCCCUCCAGUCAUUCUUGAACAUAUCCAAUAGAAACAUUUGCAGCAUGGUCUUCCAAAAAAAAAUGGUAACAUGCAUGUUUAAUUGUGUACCAUUUUCUUCAUGGUAGGAAGCUUACUAAUUUCAAUAGUCUCAUGAGGCAGAAAUAAAUUAUAAUGUAAAGUGUUCCAAGAACCAAAUUGGAUUUUCUUUCUUUUGUCAUUGGACACUGUUCACAAAGUUCAACGUCAUUUGAGUUCCUUCUUGAACUUUUUGGCAACUUCUGCUCUUGGAUCCUGUUAUCACAAUUUUUACUGUGAUGAAAUCUUGUUAACUUCACCACUAGGGAAUCUCCAGAUGAACUAAUAAUGCACUAUCUUAUGCCUCUCAUUGGUGGUGAUUGGAAAAUAGAAAACAUCUCUAAUGGGAUCAUGGGGAAACAGGUUGGAAUUUGUAGCCAUGGAAUAUAUAUUAGAUGUAAGGAAGAAUUAUCUGCAUUAAAAGAAACUAGACUUGUUA